AUGACAUUGUUGUCAGAGCGUUACUUUCAAGAUCAGUUCUUGAACCUCGACUCCAAUGGCGAAGAACAAUCUCCCAGUAUUGCUGCCACCCAUCAAGAUCAGUUCUUGACAGACUCCGCAAUUCAAUAUGAUUACUUGAAGGCUAUCGAAGAUGACCAAGAUGACCAGCAAGAGGUGCAGUUGGAUGACGAUAAUUUUGUCGAGUACUGCUGCUUUCAAGAUCAGUUCUUGAACCUGGAUCUCAAAGGCGAAGAACAGUCUCCUAAUAUCAUGAAAGGCUCCUCCGCAAUGUACGAGCAAAAUGGGUUUGCUUUCCCGAAGAAUAUUGAAGAUGAGUUGAUGAAGGACGACCAAGAACAAGACCUGCAAGUUCAAUGGCAAUGUCGUCGAACAUUACUUUCAAGGUUAUUUCUCCUUGGUGUUGAAAAAUAUCAUAAAGGAAGUUGGAAAGACAUUUCAAGAGAUUUUGUUCCAUCAAGAAAUCCUACGUACUCAGAAUGCUAG